AUGUCCCGCACAAGCGACAACCACGAAAUACUGGCGCAAGUCAAAUGCGGUCAACAUUCUCAUGUGCUCAGAUGUACUGAAUCCGGCUUCCUCAACACUGUUUUCUUCAUGUUCGACACUCCGACGGUAGCCGCCGAUUGCAUCGCUGUUUGCCCGAGAGGGACCAUGAAUUUCACGAUCGAAGGNUCUCUCGUCUUCAUCAAUGAAAGGACGAUUUCUUCAGAUACCAGCACAACACAAGUUGAAGGACAAAUGCAAAACGACCUGUCGUUCGUAAAUGACAUUUUUCAUAAUUGUGCCACCCCCUGUAAUCGAGACAUUGUGCUCAUGUUGAGCGGUCUUUCCACUGUUGGAUCACAGGACAACUUUCAAAAGCAACUCGAUUUCGUUGCCAAUGUGCUCACUCCGACAUGGCAGGUUGGGCUCGACUGGAUUAGAGUGGUGAUCAAUCUAGUGGUAGAUGCAGAUUAUGCACUCAUCUGGAGCGCCGACGAGCUUGCUGACAAUCAGGUUUUGAGUGGAACUGUUCUUGGUCUAACUGAAGAUGUACCCGAUGUCACCCAAAACAACAACACCAAUCUUCAGUGUAUUUUCAAAUACGCUCAAGGUGCUGUAAGUUUCGACGCUAAAGAGGAGAAGGAAAGGGCAGGAGUGCAGAAAGCAGUCAUCGCAUUCGUACCACAAAACCCCAAUGAUGAUCAAGAUUUCUAUGAAGCAAUGGAAUUUGCCCACACCACACGCACAACGGACGACACAAAGAUCAUCAUUGUUGCGAUGGGGAAAAACCUCGAUGUAUCACGACUGUCACUUUUGAGCUACGGUAGUGGAUUCACCUUUCAAGCAGACUACGAUGGGCUGUCCAGCUUGGCUCCAAUGAUAAAUCAAGCCCUUUGUGAGCCUCAACCGAGUUCUUGUGGUGCCUAG